UUUAUGAACUUUUAUGACAUUUCCUAAAAUAUCUGUCAAUCUGAGAAAUUUAGCUGCGGCAAUGCAUCAUGUCCCUCAUAGUUUUUUUUGGGCCCUACGAAACCAAUGGAUUAAUAAAACAUAAGCCUGAAAGGCUUCAUGGAUUACUAAGUGAACUCAACAAACUUAGCUACCACAUAGAAGUAAUCCCAACCAAGCACCUUGAACGUUUGACUAUCGAGAUGAGACAUCGAGAAAUAUUCAGAUGUAACAUAAAAAAUCUCAAAUACAACAUGGACUACGAGGACGAUCCAAUGGCUCAGAAAAUCGUAGGAGUUGUCCAGGAGGCCCAUUCCCGCAUUUACAAUGAGUCCAACAUUCCUAAGUAUUACGUCAACAGAAUGGGCAUGAGAGGAGUGCAAAAUAUACAGAGGGGUAUAACUGCCAAGGAUAUUUUCUCGCCUAGCAUCGAACUGAUCAACGAAAUAGGCACUCAGAAGGCUCGACAACAUCGUGAAUGAAAUCGACAUUUUUAUGAUUUUGUGUAAACAUGUCAAUUUUGGUUGGAUGUUUGAUUUGCGAUGAUAAUAAAAAUGAUGUUUUGGCGUGACGUUCUCAACCCAUUUUCAUCCCGGAACCACUGAUGGAAUCAUCAGUAUGGCAACUCAGUGGUACCUGCCAUAUACACCCUCCACAUCCAUAGCAAAGUGUGGUGACUUUUCCAUAGAACGGUUGGGUGUAUGUCUGCCAAGAAUUUUGUAGCUUUCGAGUCAACAUAGAGUCACCACAAUGUAUUGGAAGAAUUUUCAAGGUGAUUAUCACCCAAGUAACACAAAAUUUUCAAAUAAAAUGAUGAUAUUGAA